UCAUCAUAUGAUAUGUGGUCAGUAUAGCAGCAAGGCCUUCUUCCUAUCUUUCCUUACUUCACCUCAAAACUUUUCUUUGUCUAAUGGCGACUUCUUCGAUCACUAUACCAACCAUUAUUCAGGGAACCAAGUUUCUCGGCCAAACCCAUCUACUUUCAACUCCUAACCGAUCGGUUUUCUCGCCUCCGAAGCAGCAACCAAACGCUCAUAAAGUAAAGGCCAUGGCUAAGUUCAACCUAUGGGAAAUGAUGGGAGGAAGAGGAUUAUGCAACGGAGAGAAAGGCAUCGAGAAGGAGCUCAACAGGAACAUAGAGGAAGUACAACAAGAGACAUCACAGGCUUCUGAUAAGGAGACAGAGAAAGAGAGCUGCGAUGACAGCAACUCGUCGUUUAAAGUACCUGAAGACGGUUUUGAGAAAGAGAUGAUGGGUCUCACCGGAGGUUUCCCCGGUGGCGAAAAAGGACUCAAAACGUUUAUCGAACAAAACCCACCACCACCACCACCUCCUACGAAACAAGGAGGCGAUGUUGCAGCCAUGGUUGGUAUGGAGAAGAAGCCUAAAGCUCCGGAACUACCGCUCCAAAAAACAAAAAGCAUUAAUAGGGAUUAGAAUGCAUUCGAUCAAUGGUGAAUCAGUAUAAUAGAAAAAUCAUCCAAGUCUGCAAUGGAGUUGUUUUUUUUUUAUUCUGUCAUUGACAUGCUGAGUUUAUUACUAUAUAAUAAACCAAAUCUUGACUCUUGAGUAUA